ACAGCCAAUCUUUGCAUCGUUCCUACAUUACAAAAGGGUGAUAACUGACAAACAUCGAAGAGGACACAACUCUUUGCUGUUUAAACGCUAGGCCAGGUCUGGCGCUUGGUAUAAAACACGGAACGUCUACGUUCAUUGGAGUCACCAGCGUUUUCAGAGAACAGCCAACUUAGCUGAGUGUUCACAAAUCGUUUAAAAUGAAAUUCACACUAGUUUUCCUAUGUGCUUGUGUGGUCAUCACUCAUCAGCAAUUCCAGAGACCAAGGGCUAUGCUUUGGCUUUCUCCAUAUUAUUCUUCACCACAAUCAGCAGUUAACAACUAUCAAGCCUAUCGCUACAAUGACGUCCCCUACUUGAAUGAUGAGUUCAACGCGGAAAAAAUGGGGAGCCAUGACAAUUUUGAUGGCAUCCAACAUCAAUCGAGAAUCAGAGGUUCACUUGCGCAAGAGCAGGUGAACCCCCGAUUUUUCUUCGGUUUAAAUCCAUUUGCUGGAUCGGGUUCUGCUUCGGCUGUGCCCACCAUCAUGUCGAUGGUUACCACAAUCGCUUCUAUUGUAACCUGCGUUCCAGUCAACCAGUUUUCUGUUGGAUCCACGACUCUGUGCACUGGCCGCAAGAGGCGUGAAAUCGGUGACGUUGCUUUUGAGCACAUUCAGUUUCCCAUCGCACCUACUGCAACGCUGAAAUUGACACCAACACAUUUGGUACGAGAAAACCGACAACUGUCUACUGACCAGUUAAUUGGUAACAUCCUUCUUCCGACUAAGGACGAUAUUACCCAUGAGGAAGGAUCGAAUGCAGACCAGGCGAAUAUGAGAGAUAGGCGAUUUUUCCUAAGUAACGGUAUACUUAGUAAUGGUUUGUUGGGCAAUGGAUUAUUCGGUGGCAGCAGUGCCAUGGGGGCGGCUUCUGUGGUGACCUCCUACGCAUUUGUUUCCACAAUUUUGACACAGACAGUCAACCUUGUUCCAGUUCCAGCUGCAGGAGGAGCAUGUCCGGCGGGUGCUUGCGCCGUCUGUUUGCCACCAGGCUACGUUGUCUGCUCGGCCUAAAAACAGGCCUUUAGUAGAAGAAGCGUCGAAUCGAACCAAAUUUAAAUGAUAUUUCUUUUCAUAUGUUGUACUUGACGGUGAUGGUUGUUAGUGUAAUUGAACUCGGGUUCUGUUUACCAAAUAAAGUAGAAUGGAUAUGCA